AUGGAUUUUCUGGUAACAGUUGUGGAGCUAGGACUCUCGCUGCUGCUGAUCGUCUUCUUCGUCGUCGUUAUUGAAGCUUGGAGAAGGAGAAACAGUAACGUUUCCGUGGAGACCGUGAUUGCACUAGAAGAUCCGAUAUCCUUAAAACAGAUUCCCUGUCCUCAUAUCUCCGACCCUGCAGAGAAGUAUUUGUCAUUAAUAGUUCCGGCAUAUAACGAAGAGCAGAGACUUCCUGCAGCUCUUGAGGAAACGAUGGUUUACCUUCAAGACCGUGCAUCACGGGACAAGAAUUUUUCUUUUGAGGUGGUGAUUGUUGAUGAUGGAAGUGUUGAUGGAACAAAAAGAGUAGCUCUUGAUUUCGUUAGAAAGUACACAGUCGACAACAUAAGGGUUAUACCCCUUGGGAAGAACCAAGGGAAAGGAGAAGCUAUAAGAAAAGGAAUGAUGCAUUCUCGUGGUGAACUACUUCUCAUGCUGGAUGCUGAUGGAGCAACUAAAAUAACAGACCUAGAGAGACUUGAAAAUCAGAUCCACGCAGUAGCCAGAGAAGAAAACUCAAUCAGAGAUCCAGCAUCCAAGCAUACGGAUUUUAGAAUAGGUGAUGUGCAAGUAUCCGCAUUUGGUUCUCGUGCUCAUCUUGAGGAGAAAGCUCUUGCUUCAAGGAAAUGGUAUCGCAACUUUUUGAUGAAAGGUUUCCAUCUUGUGGUUCUUAUGGCGGCUGGUCCUGGAAUUCGGGAUACACAGUGUGGAUUCAAGAUGUUUACUAGAGCUGCUGCUAGAAGACUUUUCUCAAACGUUCAUCUGAAAAGGUGGUGCUUUGAUGUUGAGUUGGUGUUCUUGUGCAAGCGUUUCAAUAUUCCAAUGCUUGAGAUCUCUGUGAACUGGUCUGAAAUCCCCGGGUCUAAAGUGAAUAUGUUGAGCAUUCCCAACAUGUUGUGGGAGCUUGCUUUGAUGUCUGUGGGAUACAGAACUGGCAUGUGGAAGAUUCACAACGCAUGA